AUGGCUGAGCAAGAGACCAGCCGUACCUCUCAUCAGGCACGAAAUAAUGCCCCAAACCGGUCGCCAAGUGAGGGCCAGGGUUCAGCAUCACGUUCUCGGGGAGGCUCAGGUGGAGGACGCCGCAGGGGAAGGGGAGGACGGAAUCGUGGCCAGCUACAGGAUGAUUCAGCACAAGUUCCCGAAGGUAGCGGAAAUGCUCCUCAGACAGGGUCUGCCGAUGCCACCAUUACUGCACAAACCGUAGCUGCCCCCGAAAGCUCAGGGUCCUCUAGAGCUAGAAGAAACCGGCGAGGUAAUCGAGGUGGUCCUCGAGGGCAACGAAACCAAGGAAGAGGCGUGUUCUCCAUGGGACCGCAGCGCACUUUUGGUGGACGCCUGACUAUAACUGAACAACCGACAGAGAUUGCUCAAGAUGCAUCUCUGAGUGCAGACGCCCCAGAAUUCGUGCCCGGACAGCCUGUGUCCCAGAGGAGUGCCCAACAGCAGCCAUCAAGCGCCUCUCAGCCCACAGGCCAAGGACGCGCAAGAAACCGUACGAGGGACCGGAAGCAGGACAGACCCCGCCAAGAUGUUCCCAAGUCGACUGCCUCGGAAUUAUGGCAACGAAUCCAGGAAGACAUCGCCAACUGGAACUAUGAGUGCCGUAUCUGCACCGAAGAGGUUACUCGAAAAACCGAGGUCUGGUCGUGCACUACUUGCUGGACCGUCGUUCAUCUUGAAUGUGCCCACCAGUGGUGGGUUACGUCCAUGAAAGUCAACGAGGAGAGCGGCGACCAAUCAUGGCGUUGCCCUGGGUGGAUACCGAUUACUACAACGGGUGGAGUUGUCGAGAGCGCUGCGGCGAUUUUCUACCUUGUGGUCAACAUGAAUGUCCUCAAACAUGCCAUCCAGGUGUCUGCGGUACCUGCGAGGUGCUGGUCGAAGCUAAGUGCUAUUGUGGACGAGUGCAAAAGGAGAUGCAAUGUUCUAAACGGGAAGACAUAUGCGACUCGUUCGAUCCAGGCAACAAUUCCUGGUUUGAGGGUUCUUUUAGCUGCGAGAGUGCUUGCGGAAGAGCCUUCGAUUGUGGUGUACAUCGUUGCCAGAUUUCUUGUCACCCGCAAGAAGAGGACUCGGUUCAUUGCCCUUUCUCUCCGGACGUUAUCACCCAUUGCCCUUGUGGCAGGACACCGCUGA